AUGAACUAUGAUCCAUCUCUCUUGACCCAGUCGCAGGAUCCCGUAGCCUUAGAAAUGGCUGCAUAUGAUCAAGAGGAUCCCUCAUACAUGAGCAAGGAAGACUUCGGAAUUAUAACUACCACUCAAGAAGGAAUUCUGAAUACCAUGCAAGUCAUGAGCAAUGAAAUUGCUAAUCAUACCGACGUCAUCUUGAAAAAACUUCAAAAAGGAAUUCUAGAUAUCCUCGAAGUCAUGACCAGUGAAAUUAGUACUCAUACCGAUCUCAUCUUGAAAAAAAUUCAAGAAAUACAGCAAAAAAAAGGAGGAAUGACUACCGUUUAUAAAUGCUAUACCUGCGGAGAGGAAGGACACUUUUCACCCGAAUGCCCUCACAAAGAAGAAUACCAAAAGAAAAAGAAAAAAACUAACAGCGCCGAAGAAAUCAAACCAAAAUUUACCUGCUUCACUUGCGGAGAACAAGGACAUUAUUCUACCAACUGUCCUGAAAAAGAAAACGUAAAACCAGCACCAACUAAAUCCAACGAAUGCUUCAAUUGCGGGGAAGAAGGACACUGGGCUAAUAAAUGCCCACACGAAAAACAGAAAAAGAAAACAACAGCACAAAAAAGAAGCGCUUGCUAUACUUGCGGAGAAACAGGCCAUUGGACCAAGGACUGCCCAAAAAUCGAAGAAGUCAUUCAAACUUCCGAUAUUGAAGAUAAUGAACCACCCAAGAAAAUCAAAAAAGAGAGAAAAAAACCAACCAAAAAACCUAAAAAAGAAGACUGGGACGAGGAAAUGAAAAUCGAACAAAAAAUACCGGGACGAAUGAAGAGAAUCAACAAUCAAAACAUGUUCGUGGAGGAACCCGACCUCGAUUAA